CAACGGCUCGAGCUGGAGAGCACUCAGCACAAGUAUGAACAACAACAGAGCACCGAGUAUGAGAAGUCUGCAUCAGGUGUAUGUUCUCUUUGCCAUUUACUGCCUUUAUACAAUACCAACAAGUUCAGGUUAUGCGCUGCCUUACAAAGCCUAUUCAGACGACCUGCCUUCAAGCGAGAGAUUGGCUUUAUGUUGCAGUCAGCAGAGUUCGCGUACAAAUCAGCCAGAGGAACAUAUUCAGGACCUGUAUAAAAGGUUCUUGUUUCAUUAUGCUAAGAAUAAAGAUGCACAUGUACCACAGGGUUCUGGGUCUUUAUCCGUACACCCCUUAAUGCAUAUGGCACGAAAGCUAACAGGGAGGAGGAAGAAAAGGGUCUAUGAUGCAUCUUCUGAAAGAAUUUGGAAAAGUUCCUGAGUGUGAAGACCAACCUGCUGUCAAUAUACCAUCCCUAAGAUCCUGCCUAUGGCAUUUCAAGUCAAAUUAAGUUGUGUAUAUAAAUAUUAAGUGGUCGACUAAAUAGCUAAUGAUAUGCUUUACUAAUAUAUUUUAUUUUGGCAAAGCACUAAAUUAUAUUAUAUUAUAUUUAUAAGUUUUUUUGACUUGUAAAGUGUUGUGCAUAUUAAAUAAAAAAGAAAACGAAAUCUCUAAAAAAU